AUGAAAUUCUCGCAAUUGGUUCUCGGCUUUGGUGUCACCGCCGCCACCCAGCAGGCCCAUGCCGACGUCGCCCCAGCGCUCUGGGACGGCAAAUGCUUCUACCCUCAAGCCGACGCCUGCUUCAAGCUCGAAACGUACCUCGGGCGAUGGUAUCAGCUCGCAGGCACCCUGGCACCUUUUACCGCGGGCUGCAAGUGCAUCUCGGCGCGCUAUGACAUUAACGACGACGGGAGUCUAUACGUCAACAAUACCUGCCAGAGAGGCGACAAGCAGACAUUUAUCGAAGGAAACGCGGUUCCCGCGGAUGCUGCCUAUGGCAAAGUCGGUGUGCUCCGCGUCAAAUUCCCUGUGCAGCCCUCGCUGCCCUGCGACGGCCCGAACUAUGUGGUGCAAAAAUACACGGGCGAAAUUGCCAUUGUGCAGUCGGCAAACUUUUCUAACCUCUUCAUUCUCAGUCGGAAGCAGCAGUUGGAAGAGAAAAAGCUCGAUGCUUGGAUCGACCGCGCCGUCGAGCUUGGCACACCCCGCGAGCGCAUUGUCAAGACCGAUCAGAGCGACUGCAAAAACGAUUUUUAA